GCGGCGAUAACCAAUCCAGUGGCCAUUGAUCCGCGUCUUCCCUUAUCCUCCCCAGCUCGCAAUUCCCUCCCCACCCAAAUUCGCUAUUCCUCCUCCUCGUGCCGAAAAUAAUCCAUCCAUUGCGGGGAACGAGAGGAUGCCAUCACGUUUCGACAUUAUCCGCUGAUUAAUCUGCGCCAGUGCACGGGCGCAAUGCGACAAUUCGAUCGAUAUUCCGAAGUCCAAACCCCACCUCCCACCUGUGCACAAGAGUACAAAUCCUCUCCUGCUCCCCUGUUUCUUGGUUUCCCUCCCCAUCUUCUCCUCUUCCCCCAUUCUCUACCCGUGAGCGAUCGAUUCCACCCGCGACCGGAGCGGCGGCGUCGGCGGGGUGACAGCAGCGAGACAAGAUGGCGAGGAAGCCGCUGGACUAUGAGGAGCUGAACGAGAACAUCAAGAAGGUGCAGUACGCGGUGCGCGGAGAGCUCUACCUCCGUGCCUCGGAGCUCCAGAAGGAGGGCAAGAAGAUCAUCUUCACCAACGUCGGCAACCCGCACGCCCUCGGCCAAAAGCCGCUCACCUUCCCACGCCAGGUGGUGGCGCUGUGCCAGGCUCCGUUCCUGCUCGAUGAUCCCAACGUCGGACUCAUCUUCCCCGCCGAUGCCAUCGCGCGGGCCAAGCACUACCUCGCCAUGGCGCCCGGCGGUCUAGGUGCUUACAGUGAUUCUCGUGGUAUCCCUGGAAUUAGGAAGGAAGUUGCUGACUUCAUCCAGAGGCGUGAUGGAUAUCCGAGUGAUCCAGAGCUCAUUUACCUAACAGACGGUGCCAGCAAAGGUGUGAUGCAAAUGUUGAACGCUCUUAUCAGAAAUGAGAGGGAUGGGAUUUUGGUCCCUGUUCCACAAUACCCACUUUAUUCUGCUGCCAUUUCCCUCUUUGGUGGUUCUCUGGUCCCCUAUUACUUGGAAGAAGAGGCUAACUGGGGCCUUGACUUUUUCAAUAUCCGACAAUCAGUGGCAGAGGCACGGUCAAAGGGAAUCACUGUUCGAGCAAUGGUGAUUAUAAAUCCAGGAAAUCCCACUGGCCAAUGCCUUAGUGAAGCAAAUAUAAAGGAACUUCUGCAAUUUUGCUAUCAGGAAAACUUAGUUCUGCUUGCAGAUGAAGUGUAUCAGCAAAACAUUUAUCAGGAUGAGCGCCCAUUUAUAAGCGCAAGAAAGGUUUUGUUCGAUUUGGGCCCACCAUUAAGUAGGGAGGUUCAACUUGUUUCUUUCCACACCGUGUCCAAAGGGUACUGGGGUGAGUGUGGACAGCGUGGUGGAUACUUUGAAAUGACAAAUCUUCCUCCCAAGACAGUAGACGAGAUCUACAAGGUUGCAUCGAUAGCACUGAGUCCAAAUGUUCCUGGUCAAAUCUUUAUGGGAGUAAUGGUUAACCCUCCUAAACCUGGAGAUAUCUCAUACCUGAAGUAUACUGCUGAAAGCAAGUCCAUCCUCGAGUCUCUGAGGAGGAGAGCGCGCAUGAUGACAGAUGGUUUCAAUAGUUGCCGAAAUGUCGUGUGCAAUUUUACAGAAGGAGCUAUGUACUCUUUCCCCCAAAUACGCCUUCCACAAAGAGCUAUUGAGGCAGCCAAAAGAGCCAGGAAAGCACCAGAUGUUUUCUACUGCCUCAAGCUUCUGGAAGCAACAGGAAUUUCCACUGUUCCAGGCUCUGGUUUUGGUCAGAAGGAAGGGGUGUUCCACCUGAGGACGACCAUCCUUCCCGCGGAGGAAGACUUCCCGGCCAUCAUAUUGAGCUUCAAGAAGUUCAACGAUUCAUUCAUGGAGCAAUACGAAGGCUACUCCAGGAUGUGAAAAGAAAAGAUGGGCUGUCAGAUUCUUCCGUUCAGUCUCGGCGCCUGUGAGCCAGCAAUUCUAAAAGGGGACAUUAUUAAUUGAAAGUUAAUUAGCUGUAAUAUGUAAUUCUCUUAAAGAGAAAGAAUUGCUGUCUUUGAUAUGUAUAGGGAUCAAAGUUUCUGAGGGAAUUAUUGAAUAAUCCAUCCACCAUUUAUUACUAUA